GCGGGAGCGGCGGGGGCGCGCGCCGACGCGGGGCCAGCCCUGCUUCGCCCGGGUCGCGGACGGACGCGCGCCGCAGUCGGAGCCCCAGACGCGCGGCGCAGGGGACAGUGCGGGGCGGCGGGAGGCUACAGCUCUGUCGGGAACGGACGACGUCCGCGCUCCAGGGUUCCGGGGGCUUAGCAGCGGUGGGCGCGGCGGAAGAACGAAUCCUUGUGAUAAUCUUCCUCAGCACAGCACCCACUGCCCUGUUUGCUGAAGACUUUGGCCAAAGCUACUCUGAGCUGUUGGCAUCAUUCUGAGAAAAGGAUAGCUUUCAAGCCUCAGGGAAACGUUCAGGAGGCUUUGGGCCCCAGUGGAUCUUCUAAAGGGCAAUGCCUCUUAGACAUCUGGUUUAAAGAAUUAAAAGGACAACUUCUUCGUACAGGAAGAACUUCUUCAAAGUUCCCUGCAUGAAAACUAUUUAAACGUUGCAUGCAGAUCAUUUGCGAAAGAAGAAAAGGAAAUUCAGUGUGUGGGUCUCCGCAGGAGCUCAGCUAAUGCAGCUUGAAAUAAUGCCGAGGAAGAAGCGCUUACCUGCAGGCAGGGCGCCCCUGCUUCUCCUCCUGUGCCAGCUGGUGAGGGCGCUGGACGUCCCUCUUGAUCCAAAACUUCUUGAAGACUUGGUACAGCCUCCAACCAUUACUCAGCAGUCUCCAAAAGAUUACAUUAUUGACCCUCGAGAGAAUAUCGUAAUCCAGUGUGAGGCCAAAGGGAAACCUCCUCCAAGCUUCUCCUGGACCCGCAAUGGGACGCAUUUUGACAUAGAAAAGGACCCUCUUGUCACCAUGAAGCCAGGCUCAGGAACCCUCACGAUCAACAUCAUGAGUGAAGGGAAGGCGGAGACCUACGAAGGGGUCUAUCAGUGCACAGCCCGGAAUGAGCGCGGAGCAGCAAUUUCUAAUAAUAUCGUUGUCCGUCCAUCCAGGUCACCAUUGUGGACCAAAGAAAAACUUGAGCCAAUAACACUUCGAAAUGGCCAGUCUCUGAUCCUUCCUUGCAGACCCCCACUUGGAUUACCACCACCUAUAAUAUUCUGGAUGGAUAAUUCCUUUCAGAGACUUCCACAAAGUGAGAGGGUUUCUCAGGGUCUGAACGGAGACCUUUACUUCUCCAAUGUUCUCCCAGAGGACACUCGCGAGGACUAUAUCUGUUAUGCCAGAUUUAAUCACACUCAAACCAUACAGCAGAAGCAACCUAUUUCCGUGAAGGUGAUUUCAGUGGAUGAACUGAAUGACACCAUAGCUGCUAAUUUGAAUGACUCUGAGUUUUAUAGUGCAAAAUCAAAUAGAGAGAGGCCACCAACCUUUUUAACUCCAGAAGGCAAUGCCAGUCACAAGGAAGAGUUAAGAGGGAAUGUCCUUUCGCUGGAAUGCAUUGCAGAGGGACUGCCUACCCCAAUUAUUUACUGGAUAAAAGAAGAUGGAACCCUGCCCAUCAACCGGACAUUUUAUAAGAACUUCAAGAAAACUCUGCAGAUCAUUCAGGUUUCAGAAGCAGACUCUGGAAAUUACCAGUGUAUAGCCAAAAACCCACUGGGAGCUAUCUAUCAUACCAUUUCUGUCACAGUUAAAGCGGCUCCGUACUGGAUCAUGGCACCUCAGAACCUUGUGCUGUCCCCAGGAGAGGACGGGAGACUGAUCUGCAGAGCUAAUGGCAACCCCAAGCCCAGAAUUAGCUGGUUAUCGAAUGGAGUCCCAAUAGAAAUUGCUCCCGAUGACCCCAGCAGAAACAUAGACGGCGAUACCAUUAUCUUUUCAAAUGUUCAAGAAAGAUCGAGUGCAGUGUACCAGUGCAAUGCCUCUAAUGAAUAUGGAUAUUUACUGGCGAAUGCAUUUGUCAACGUGCUGGCUGAGCCACCACGAAUCCUUACAUCUGCAAAUACACUCUAUCAGGUCAUCACAGACAGGCCUGCUUUACUAGACUGUGCCUUCUUUGGGUCCCCUCUGCCAACCGUUGAGUGGUUCAAGGGAGCUAAAGGUAGUGCCCUUCGUGAAGAUAUUUAUGUUUUGCAUGAAAAUGGCACUUUGGAAAUUCCUGUGGCCCAAAAGGACAGUACGGGAACUUACACAUGUGUUGCAAGGAAUAAAUUAGGAAUGGCAAAGAAUGAAGUUCACUUAGAAAUCAAAGAUGCAACAAGGAUCAUUAAACAGCCGGAAUAUGCAGUUGUGCAAAGAGGGGGCACGGUGUCCUUCGAAUGCAAGGUGAAACACGAUCACACCUUAAUCCCCACCAUCACGUGGCUGAAGGACAACGGUGAGCUGCCCAAUGAUGGAAGGUUCACUGUGGACAAAGACCACUUGGUGGUGGCUGAUGUAUGGGACGACGAUGGUGGGACCUACACGUGUGUGGCCAACACAACUCUCGACAACGUUUCUGCCAGCGCCGUGCUGAGCGUUGUUGCUCCUACUCCAACUCCAGCUCCUACUUACGAUGUCCCAAAUCCUCCCUUUGAUUUAGAAUUGACAGAUCAACUCGACAAAAGUGUUCAGCUGUCAUGGACGCCAGGCAACGACAACAACAGCCCUAUCACAAAAUUCAUCAUCGAAUAUGAAGAUGCAAUGCACGAGGCGGGGCUGUGGCACCACCAAACCGAGGUUUCUGGAAUGCAGACCACAGCCCAGCUGAAGCUGUCGCCUUACGUGAACUACUCCUUCCGAGUGAUGGCCGUGAACAGCCUCGGGAGGAGCCUGCCCAGUGAGGCAUCUGAACAGUAUCUGACUAAAGCCGCAGAACCUGAUACAAAUCCCACAGCUGUGGAAGGACUAGGAUCUGAGCCUGAUAAUUUGGUGAUCACCUGGAAGCCCUUGAAUGGUUUCGAAUCUAAUGGGCCAGGCCUUCAGUACAAAGUGAGCUGGCGCCAGAAAGAUGGCGACGAUGAGUGGACAUCUGUGGUGGUGGCAAAUGUAUCCAAAUACAUUGUCUCGGGCACACCAACCUUCGUUCCGUACCUGAUAAAGGUGCAGGCUCUGAAUGACGUGGGCUUUGCUCCGGAGCCAGCCGUAGUCAUGGGGCAUUCUGGAGAAGAUCUCCCAAUGGUGGCUCCCGGAAAUGUGCGUGUCAACGUGGUGAACAGUACCUUAGCUGAGGUCCACUGGGACCCCGUACCUCUGAAAAGUAUCCGAGGACACCUGCAAGGCUAUCGGAUUUACUACUGGAAGGCACAGAGUUCGUCUAAGAGAAACAGACGCCAUCUUGAGAAAAAGAUCCUCACUUUCCAGGGAAGCAAGACUCACGGCAUGCUGCCUGGCCUGGAACCCUUCAGCCACUACACGCUGAAUGUCCGUGUGGUCAAUGGGAAAGGGGAGGGCCCGGCCAGCCCUGACAGAGUCUUUAAUACUCCAGAAGGAGUUCCCAGUGCUCCGUCCUCUUUGAAGAUUGUUAACCCAACACUAGACUCCCUCACUCUGGAAUGGGACCCACCGAGCCGCCCGAAUGGCAUUUUGACUGAAUACACCUUAAAAUAUCAGCCAAUUAACAGCACCCACGAGUUGGGACCGCUGGUGGAUCUGAAAAUUCCUGCCAACAAGACGCGCUGGACUUUAAAAAAUUUAAAUUUCAGCACGCGGUAUAAGUUUUAUUUCUAUGCACAAACAGCAGCAGGAUCAGGAAGUCAAAUAACAGAGGAGGCAGUGACAAACGUGGAUGAAGGUAAGAUGGCUGGUAUUCCUCCACCUGAUGUAGGUGCAGGCAAAGCAAUGGCGAGCCGGCAGGUGGAUAUUGCGACUCAGGGCUGGUUCAUUGGUCUAAUGUGUGCUGUCGCUCUCCUGAUCUUAAUUUUGCUGAUUGUUUGCUUCAUCAGAAGAAACAAGGGUGGGAAAUAUCCAGUCAAAGAGAAGGAAGAUGCUCAUGCCGAUCCUGAAAUCCAGCCCAUGAAGGAAGACGAUGGCACUUUUGGAGAAUACAGUGAUGCCGAAGACCACAAGCCCUUGAAAAAAGGCAGUCGGACACCUUCAGACAGGACAGUGAAGAAAGAAGACAGUGAUGACAGCCUCGUUGACUAUGGAGAAGGGGUGAAUGGCCAGUUCAAUGAGGACGGCUCCUUUAUUGGACAAUACAGUGGUAAGAAAGAGAAAGAACCAGCGGAAGGAAACGAGAGCUCCGAGGCACCUUCUCCUGUCAAUGCCAUGAAUUCCUUUGUUUAAUCUGUAAACUCUCUGCCAAUAUCCCAUUUCUCUAGAAUGUGUCUCUUACGCACUCGGUCUGCCUUCUCAUGCUAGGAACACAGAGGCAGGAAGGGUUGUGUUCUGCCGUACCUUGCUAUUAUGAGAGCGGCACAAACACGUACAUAACUCAGAUGAUUUGUUCAUGUGAACGGCAGUGCAGAGUGCAUCCUUUUUCAUUCGAAAUAGGUAUUCUUGUUCAGAACUGAUAAAAAUACUACAACACCAUCAACCGAUCACGUUAUUUGCUCUUUGGGUACAGUUCAAUACGCUGCAUGAAAAUUGCUACACGUGAGGGAAUACCUGUGUACCUUGUUAAACAUGGUUUGAUACUUUGUGGAUACUCUCCUCCGCUGAACCCUCUGAAAUACCAAUUCCGUUUUCAUUGUCAAGAGUGUUACUGUAGUAUUCUCUAGAACUCCAAUGUCUUUGUGGACAUUGUGGUGACAUUGGUGACUCUAUGUCUAGCUGUCGUUAGUCUUUUUGGGAGACUGUUAGCAACAGUAUGUACAGGAUAUCCUUGCUACAUGAGUUCACGAUGAUGGUCGCAUUUGCAGAUGCCUUUUGCUGAGGCUCUGUGACCGGCCUCUGUCCCCUGUCACUCCAUAGCCUCCUUAUUUCUCCGGGUACUACCGCAGCACAGUGUUCAACUUCUCACACCUUCCCUACGGUCAGUUGUUCUUAGGCAUAAACGAUGUGUAUUGCAAUGCGUUUUGGCACAGAACGCCAGACCGGAAAAAUCGAAAAAGAAUCACUUCACUUCCAAAAACGACUCCAGAAAGCACAGGGCAAGACACGUGCAGUGCCUUCGGACCAGAAGCAUUCCAUAACACGCUGCUUUCCGUGGUGGCCAGCCUGGCCGACGCGGAGCCCUAACUUCCUGUCAUGCUCCACAAGUAACUUCUAGAAAGCAGAGGUCCUAGAAGCGGCCAAUGCUGAAAGAAAGGAAACGUGAACCUAGUCAAUUAGACAGUGGAUGGAAAGGAGCAUUUCCCCAUACGUAUAAAAAGAAGCCUUAGCCCCACCUAGAGGGCAUGCUGGUUUUGUGGGCUUUUGUGGUUUCUGUUCAAACGAGCCAAUUGGGUCAGAAGGCUGUUGAUUUGGGAGAGAAUUUGGGGGGAUGGGGGAGAUAUUCCCAAACUGGAAGCAGACAACAGCAUGCCAACCGGAAAGCUUUUCUCCAAGCCUUUUGAAACUCUCCGCAGCAUUCAACAGCGUGUACACAUAUUGCCAUGGACACAUUUCCAACACUCAGAAAUCUGAUGAGUGCUAACAAGGCCAACAGUCCAAGGGAUUACAUCCGCAGUUUCCAGAACAUACACACACGUCCUACCGUAACCACCAACAAUAUCUGUCAAAUGGUUUACCUCCAAAUAGGAAAUCCUCUAACAACCUAUUGUUGAAGGAAUGCUCAGUUUCAUUUGCCAAUAAAUUGGUUUCUCAUAACUUGCAUCAAGUUUAAUUUUAAGUAAAGCUUUUUAUAUGUAGAUAUUUUGUUGAAUCUGUAAAUACACUGAAAGUGUAGAUGCUACAUGCUUCAAGGUGUUGCCUACGAAUAAACGCGCAACCGAUGUUGACGUCGUACUGCCUAAGAAGUUAGCUCAUGAGUACAGUGCAUGGGAUUGGAAAGCAUUUCCUUAAAUGCCUUUUGGGUUUUUAUUUUCCCUUUUUUGCUGUGAAACUGAAAUAGUGAACGCUCUGAGAUAUUGACAGUGAGUUUCUAGAUGGACUCCUCGGAGCUUUGCCUGUGGGGCUCAGUAGGCAUCUUCACUCUAUGUAGGCAAAGCCCAGUCUGAAGUCAUCCCAGGUCAUGAUGGCCCUAACUAUGUCCACAGCUCCAUAUUCCCUUUUCACAGACCAGCCAUGUUAAUGGAAAUACAGAAAGACAAGACAGGCUUGCCUGGACAGCAGUGAGCACAAAGAGAAAAGUGACUUUAAGUUUGCUGGUGUUUGUUGGGGGAGGGGACAGUAAAAGUACAGUUUUUACUCUUCCGUAACAGUAGACGCUAGAGUUAUCUGUGCAUGAAGGGGUCACCUCUGUAAUAGUGCAACAGAUUUUGUAUUAAAAAUUAAAUGUGGUUUUAAACAUCCCUCUCUCUUUUGUAAUAAGUCAUGUUCCUAGUGGAGUGUGAAUGUCCAAAGUAACGGUGUAUUUAAACAUACAGGCAGAUAUGACUGGAUUUCCGUAAAAAAAAAUCACUAUUAAACCAUCUUGAUCUCUUUG